AUGUCAUUCACAUCCAUCGUACCACGAGUAACCUCUCGACGAGUCACUCAGAUAUAUCGAAUAUCCAUAUCUCAAUUCUCAUCUUCCUCAACUCCCUCAGCCGCUUCCUCAUCCUCAUCUCAACCGAAACCCAAAUCGAAAUCAUCGAAAGUCGUAUCAUCCGUACCAGCAGGAACGAAACUCACCGGUCUAUCGAUACUGAAAGACAAACCCGAUCCAGUCGCAUUGGAAGAUGACGAGUAUCCACCAUGGUUAUGGACGUUACUAGAGGACACAUCAAAGGCUCACAAGGCUGCUGAGAAUCAGGUGGAACUGCAUAAAGAGGGGGAUAAGGGAUUUGAUGUGAAUAAGGAGAAGAGGAAGUUGAAGAAUUUGAAUCGAGAAAAGAUCAAAGCCUCGAACUACUUAAAAUCAACUACAUAG